ACCCAACGCGGAUGAUGAUGACUUAUACGAAGACCCCUUAUUAAUAAUUGAGUGGAACGCGGCAGGACUAUCCCAUAGAAGUAAUCUGAAUACAGCCAACACUUUAAACUCGCUUGUUUCAUUAAUUCGCAGCAGGAAAGGAUGCGCACCUUUUCCUCCAAUUGAAGUUGGCACACCCUCCGAUUCCGUUUUCUCAUUUGUGAAGACCAGAUUUUUCUGCAAACCAAAACUUACUAAUAGCGUUAGCCAUCUUGUUACUAGCGCCAGCAAUUGGUGGAGACAUUCUGAUGGUAAUCAAGACGUUGCUCGUAUGUAUGUUGUGAAAUGCCCUAAAAAGGGUGAAUUUGAUAUUGACGAGUACACCAUGGUAUUCAACUGA